UAAUAGUGAGAGUAUCCAUGGCCAGAGUUCACGUGUCCUUUCUAGGCUUAUCCCUUUCCUGCAUACUAGCUUUCUUCUUCUUCUCUAAGCUCUGUUUUUGCUUCAAUCCAAAACACCUAAACUUUUCAACAAUUACAACCCAUUGGUCUUCUGCUGGAGCUACCUGGUAUGGCAGCCCUGAUGGCUAUGGAAGCGAUGGAGGGGCUUGUGGGUACGGCAAUACGGUAUCACUACCUCCAUUCUCUUCCAUGGUUACGGGAAUAGGCCCAUCUCUGUACAACUCAGGCAAAGAAUGUGGUGCCUGUUAUCAGGUCAAAUGCACCAAACACCAGUCUUGCUCCGGCAAACCGGUGAGGGUGGUGAUAACUGAUUUUUGCCCCGGAGGUCCUUGUGCAUCGGAUACCGCACAUUUUGAUCUCAGUGGGACUGCAUUUGGUGCAAUGGCAAUUUCUGGUGAAGAAAACAAACUUCGUGACGCAGGAGUCUUGGAAGUUCUUUUUGCACGUGUGGCAUGUGAUUACUCAGGGAAAGGCGUAGUGUUCCAUGUGGAUCAAGGGUCAAACCCUUACUACUUUGCCAUGGUGGUUGAAUAUGAAGAGGGAGACGGAGAUCUUGCUUGUGUUGAUCUAAAGGAGGCCGGCUCAACAGGGUCUGACAAAUGGCGCACCAUGCAGCAAUCGUGGGGUGCAGUUUGGAAGCUGGACGCUGGGUCAAGGCUACAACCUCCGCUCUCCAUUCGCUUGACCUCCCAAUACUCAGGCCAAACCCUUGUGGCAAAAGAUGUCAUUCCAGAUGGAUGGCAGCCUGGUGCAACCUAUAGAUCAUUAGUUAAUUACCUUUAAACAGGAGUUCGAAUCUUAUCGAUCUCCACCAUUCACUUAUAUUUCAA